UUUAGAUGAAAUGUUAACACACUGGACAGAAUAUUUUUCAGGCCGGUUCAACAUGGCGCUCUGAAGUUGACCGUCUCAAGAUGGCGGCGGUGUUGCCGUGUCAACCUGUUAGCCAUGCAGCUAAUGUGCUGCAGUGCGUCGCUGGAGCCCAGUCAUCUGUGCAGGUUCAGAAACCAGUGAGCUUUAAACCGGUUUGAAUCUUCUGUGUUGAUUCUUUGUUUGUUUUACAUGAUGAGAUGUUGACCGUUUUAUUUUACAACCUGAUGAAUAAUCAAAAGUUUACCUAAAGUCGACUCUAAAAGGCUUUUUAGCAGCAAUGCUUGCUGCAGAUUCGGGCUAAUGCUGCAUUCAUGGCCUGUCGGAAGAACUGGGUUGUGUCAGGACUUUAUGAAGACGUUAUUUAACAGAAAUUGAUAUAUUUUUCCUGUAACCAUCUAACAGUUUAUCCUUGCAGUGAAAUGCACAUUUAGUGAUCUGUUAAAGUGGAACUACAGUUAUUUAUCCGCUGCUGGAUUGUAGUAUAAAUGUAGUGUUUAAUGCUGAGGUUUCCGAGGUUCCCUGAAAGCAGCACGGUUAGCUAACCUGCAGCCGGUAGCUGCAGCAGAGUCAGAGUCCAUCUGCAGCAUCUUCUGAACCGAAGGACCGGAGCUUCAUCCACGAAAUGAGCCGCUUCUGUUCAGACAACAACAACUUUCCGUACGACAACAACGUGCUGGUUCUGGACAUGGUGCUGGGCUCUCUGUGGGGGGUGGGCCAGCCCAUAAACUGGGACAGAGUGGCCCAGCUGUUACCAGGCUUCACUCCCAAACAGUGUGCCUGUCGCUUUGAGGAGCUGCAGAGCACCGGGGGGCUUCCCUGUGUGGACCCUCAGUGUAACCCACCACCUGAAGGCAACACCACAUCAUCAGACUGUGUGUCCCCGCCCCUACCCUCUGCUAACCAAGCUACAAGGUGUGGAAGCAGCCAGAGCUGCAGUGACGCUUCAGGCUGCAGGUCGAUCCCUGCAGGAAGAGGAGGUGCUGCUGAGAAGAAAGAGAAACGACUGUCAGAAGACGACAGCAAAGCCCAAAAACCACGAGAUCCAAACAUUGUGAUCCAUGUGUGUGAUGAGACCAAGAACCUGAAGCAGGACUUCAUCUGUCCCAGAGAUCUGUUGGUGAAAGAGAUGCGUUACUUUGCUGAGUAUUUGUCUGUGGAGCAGCAGAGGUGGGAGGAGGUAGACAUCUCUGUUCACUGUGACGUGCAGAUCUUUGAUUGGCUCAUGAACUACGUCAGAAGGAAUACGACAGAAGAAGGAAACAAGGACAAACCACGACUUGAGCCCAGUAAUGUCAUCUCCAUACUGAUCUCCUCUGAGUUCCUGAAGAUGGAUUUGUUGGUGGACGAGUGCGUCGUGUACUGCCACAAACACAUGAGUGCCAUCGUAGCCACGCCCUGCAACAUGAACUGCAUCAACAGUAACCUGACGGCACGCAUCGCUGAACUCUUCAACCACAACGAGGCUGACGACAUCCGGGACAAAAAAGAUAAGUUUAAGAGCAAAUUGUUUCAGAAGAAAAUUGAGUGUCUGUUCGAUCCAAAUUACCAGAACAAAGAUUCUCCAGGAAAUGCAUCAAGUCUCUACAAGUGUGGUUUGUGCCUUAAGCUGCUCACCAAAGAGACAGAGAGGAAAAUCUCCUGUGUUCCUGGGAAAAUCAACGUAGACCUUCGAGGAGAAAUCAUCUACACACACGUCAGACAGAAAAGCUGGAACAUACAUGAAUACCUCACAGACCUCUAUGAGGAGCUGAAGUCUUGGGUCCUAGUUUACUGGAGAAUCUGGGGCACCAUCAACACUCUGACCUGCUCCAGAUGCCAGCAGGUUUUUGUAUGUGGAGAGCUGACCUGCUGCAGAUACCAUCCAGACAGUGUCCUGUACCCUGGAACAGGCACAGAGAAAGCCUGGUACGGUGCAGGAAUCUAUCCCUGCUGCAACCAGAGGGUUCUCCGCUUCGAUCCCACUGGAAUACCAAAGCUUCUAAAAAGGCCAAAAAAUCCCACCGACUCCUGAAGAAACAACUGUCUUCUCCAAACUUCCAACGCAAAGAAAAACCAGCAAAAUCACAGAACAGAGAGAAAACACCGUUCAC